UGAUUUCGUUUCUUCGUCACUCUCACUCCUCUCAGUUUUUUUUUUUCAUCUGCAAUGGCGUCCACCAGAAGAGGAACUACUAAUAAGAGAGCUAGGCCAGAGCCGCCGCAAUCGCUCAAGAAGAAGCUAACACCCAAAGCAAAACUCCAGGACGAUUCGGAUCCCGAUGAUUCUAGCGAUCUCAAAGGACUCAUGUCGGCGUUGCAGCAAAUCAGAGAGAAGGCGCACGAGGAUGGCCGUAAGAAGAAGGAAGAAAGCAUCUCCAGUGUGUCCACUGAGGUUAAGUCAAAGAUUGACGAGCUGAAGUCAAAACUUGAGAAAGAAAGACAAAACUUUGCCAAAGCACUGUCAAAGAGUUCAAAGGAGUGUGAGAAUAUCUUGAAGGAUGAAGCUGCCAAGUUUGAGGAGCUUCAUAAGAAAUUCAUGAAAGACAAAGCUGAUCAUCUACAGGGUUUGAAAGACACUGUUUCAAAGUUUGAGGAAGACAAGGAGAGGCUUUACAUGCGAUAUGAGCAACUAAGGAAGAAGGAGAAGACAAUGAUAACAGAACAGGAGAAGUUCUGCACUGAAAAGCUUGCUCAAUUGGAAGAGUCGCUGAAGAAAAAGAAACGGAAUGACAAAACUUUCAGCAUACUGAGGAAAACACUCGGCUCUUUUCUGGAAAACGAAGCUUCUGAUGAAGAAUUCCCACCUGAAGAUGAGUGAAAGAUCAACGUCUCUUCACUUGAUGCUAGAAAGGUAAAAAACCCUUUUACUUUGAUUAGCCAGCUAGACGCUAUUUUAAGUUUUCUCUCCCAGCAGAAAACACUCUUAUGUUAUAAAUAUGAACCUUAAUUUCUUUUAUGUUAUUGUCUGUAAUGAAUGAUUAUUACAUUUUAGCAGUCUCUCCACAAGUUAGCUAGCUAACAUCUAUA